GGGCCGUUGGAAGACAUGUUGUCUGCAGCAGGCACUCGGUCCGCGGGCGUCGGGCGCAGCGGCCAGCACUCCACCCGCUCUGCGCGGCCCGCGGCCGGGCGCGGGCUUACCCGCGGGGCGGGGCGGGCGGGCGGCGCGAGGGCCAAUCAGAGCGGGGCUGCCGGCCCCGCCCCGCCACGCCCCGCCCCUCCGCGGAGCUCGGGCGGCGGCGCCCCUCGAGGGUCCCGCAGGACCCCGCCCUGCCCCCAGCAGGGUGGCGCGCCGGUGCCGCGCGGGACCCCGGAAAGGGGCGCCCUCUCCUCACCUGGGGACUCGACGAACUCCGCUCGGGCCGAGACCUGUUGGAACAAGGAAGUCCCAGCGGCGAUGGACCGGCCAGCCCUCUGCUUUCCUCCUCCGCUCGAUUGUGCAUUCCGGAAGGAGCCAGUGGAAAGUGGGUCUCUGUGACGGUGCAGUUUUUCGGACAAGGUCUGUGUGGCAUUGUAUAAUAGGACACAAUCUGUGGUGUCAAGAGGGAAUGUUCUGGAAUUCUGCAGCACCUGAUAUAAUGGCCAGUGGCACCUUGUGACCAUGGGACACCAAUAAACUGGUUUUUGCUUG